AUGUCUUGCGACUUGACUGAUCCCGCCAUCCUCGAGGCUUACCAGGAUAUCAUCUCUGGAACCCCCACCAACUGGCUCAUCCUCGGAUACCAUGACACAAGAGACAAGAUCUCACUCUACUCCAGGGGAACCGGUGGCAUCGACGAGUUGACCUCCAAUCUCAAGGAGGAAGUCCUUUAUGGAUUCGUCAGGAUCGAGGACCGAUUCGCUCUCCUCGCCUACGUCUCUGAGCAAGUCAGUGGUCUCCGCCGUGCUCGCGCACUGGUUCACGGAAAGGCUGUCGGCGCCUUGUUCAAGGCGAGCAACGUUCAGAUCAACACUUCGAGCCUUGCAGAAUUGACCGAGGAGAGAGUUCGCACCCGUCUCGGAUUGAUUGACGGACCCCCUACACCCGAGGCCACUUCGCCCGUGAUGCCCUCGACCCCUAUUGCAUCCACUGGCUCACCUGUUCCAGCGCCUCGCCCAGCCACCCCCGUCUCACCCGCCCCUGUUGCGCCCGCCUCCUCUUCUCCCGCCUUCGCCCCCGCCACUGUUGCUGCCCCCGUUGCAGCAGCCCCCAUCGCCAUUGACACCUUUGUUCAGCAGUCUGUGGCCGAGGUGCCUUUGUCCCCUAGUCCCGUCAGGACUGGAUCACCUCGCUCGGGCCUGUCGACACCCAGAACCGAGCGUCAGCUGGAGAUCGAGGCUGCUGAGCGCAAGGUCCGCGAAGAGAUGGAGCGCCAGCGUCGCGCCGAGGCUGCCAAGCGCCAGAGAGAGACUGAGGAGCGUGAGGCACGCGAGCAAGAGUUGUUUGCCCAGAAGCAGGCCUUGGAAUUGGAGCGUAAGCGCAAGGAGGAGUCUGACCGCAUUGCUCGCGAGGCAAUGAAGAAGCAGUUGAUCGAGAUGGAGCGUCUUCGUGGAUCGGGAUUGUCGGGUUACAUCACCAUUCAGCUUGCUGGAUCGCCCUUCUGGCAGCGUCGUUUCUAUGUCAUGCAGGGCCAAACUGUCUCACUCUACAGGGAUGAGAUUGGUCGCGCCCCCAUUAUGAACUUGAAGGUCGGAGGUCAGGUUGUUUACAUUGCCGAUGCCUCCUUGGACGUCUUGAUCCCCAACAGCUUCCGUAUCGACUUUAAGAACGGCGACACUCACUACUUCUUCAGCGACUCGACCAAGGACAAGGAGAUGGUCAUUGCAGGAUUCAUGAAGUGCAACGAGAGCGCAUAA